UCACCUUCCCAGCCCUGGCCGUGCCCGCGGAAUACCUACCAAUACCCUACCUGCGACUGCGCUUAUCAUCAAACGACCACACGGCUCUUUCUUCCUAUCAUGUCCGCCAAAACCAGCGGCGCGGACCCCCGAGGCACUGGCGACGCAAAACACCGCCAACACCACGACGGCAGCGCCGGUCGCGCAUUCACAGUUGAGCAGAAGGCAGCCGUUAUUCGGAUAAAACGCUGUGGAGCCACCGCCUACUAUGAGAUUCUCGGACUGGAAGAUGUGAAGACAACGUGCACCGAGGGCGAGAUUAAAAAAGCUUAUCGCAAGUUGAGUCUUUUGACGCAUCCGGACAAAAAUGGAUACGAGGGAGCAGAUGAAGCGUUUAAAAUGGUAUCACGAGCCUUCCAAGUGCUCUCCGAUCCAGACAAGAAAACAAAAUACGACAGGUACGGUGGCGACCCAGACUCGCGUUUCCCUGGAGCCUCAUCUGCAGGCGCAUCACCAUUCAGUAACUUCGGGCGUCCUUCGGGCGCGCAACGAGGUCCAAUGUACGAGGAAGAGAUAAGCCCCGAGGAAAUGUUCAGACAGUUCUUCGGGGGUGGAGGAGCGUUUGGUGGACCUUUCGGGAACGGCUUUGACACCGGCGGAUUCGUGUUUAACAUGGGCGGCGGAGGACCAGGAAUCCGUGUACACCAAUUUGGAGGCGGACGACCAAGAAGACGACCUGGGACUGCAACUCAAGAUGGGCAAGAGCCUGCGCCAAGUUUGUCAAGCUCGCUGUCUGCGCUAUUACCGCUCAUAUUCCUUUUCGUCCUACCGCUUCUCUCUUCUUUAUUUGGCAGCUCGGCGCCUCAAAGUCCCUCCGUCGUUUUCGACCAGCCCCGUGGCGCAUAUUCGUUGGCUCGGUCGUCUAAUAAACUCGGUGUCCCUUACUGGGUCAACCCCUCCGAAGUCAAGGGAUACUCUGAACGCGACUUCCGUACGCUAGAUGGUGUUGCGGAAAACAAGUAUAUACACACCUUGAAUAUACGGUGUGAAAAUGAGAGGAUACAACAACACAAGAUGACGGAAGAAGCGUACGGAUGGUUCAGCAACGACGAGGUUCUGAUGGAGAAGGCGAGGAAUUUGCCCAUGCCCAACUGUAAAAAGUUGAAAAACAUGAUGAAGUGA